CAGACGAAAGGAAGAGAGGGAGAAAUGUUACGCAACCAACUCACGUCGACUGUCGCGUGAAAGUGACGUAGCAGCAGUAGCAGCGGCAGCCAGGGCACGUUUGUCGCACAUGAGGAUAUCAACAACAUCGCAACUGUUCAUUCAACGAAGGAGGGAACAUGGGGAAGAAUAAACAAAAAGGGAAAAAGCAGAGGAACGUCUUUCAAGUGGCGAACAAGCACCAGAGGCACAAGAACAAAACGAAACCCGUCACAACGACACUCAAACACAUCAAUGCCGUGAAAAACGAGAAGGUGGAGAACCUCAAUCAAAUCUUCACAGAAGUCCAGCGCGACAUGAAGAGCGUUUCAAAGUCUGUGGCUCCCGAACCAAAGAAGCAGACAAAGGUUGUGAGGGAGCCACCAAAGGAAUCUGUAAAUGUUGACAAUGCUGCUCAGCUGUUCUCUCAGCUAUAAUGGACAAAAGAAAAGAAGGACUCAGAUAAAUUAUGUUGACGAAAGACGGAGUGAACCACUUCUCUUUGCUCAUCUUCAGUCUCGGAGGAGCUGCUGGUUUACUUCCAGUUCAUUUCAUGCUAAGAUACAAACUGCAGUCAGUCUUAAAGGAGAAGAGUUUGCAGUUAUGGCAUGAUGAUAAAAACUUGUGUAUAAUUUAAGUAUCCUGUUUCAGCGAGAUGGGAUAUUUUUUAUUUUCGUUGAGUUACAUUUUGUGUAACUGUAAGUGUUUGCUUUGGUAGGGCUGCAACCUAUGAUUGUUGACUUCACUAGACUAAUUUAUGACUUCUUGCUUAUAAACGAUCAGAACAUAUUGAAAAAAAUUCCCAGAACCCAAACGUAUUAUCUUCAAACAACUCUUUUUUUCCCAGUCAACUGCCCAAAACCAAAAAAAUAUUCCAUUCACUGUCAAAUGUAACAAACACAGAAAAGGCAGCAAAACCUCACAUUUGAGCAGAUAAAACCUGUGAAUCUUUUGCUUAAAAUGCGGCUAUAACGAUUAAUCUGCCGCUGAAUAUUAUGAUAAGUGACUGUUUUAUCUCUGUCAAACUUAAUUAAAAUAAAUGUGUAGAGGUUAUUUUAACCCAGUAACAUUUAUAAAAAUAAUUAUAUAACCAUAUGCACUUUACCGUCUUUGGAUUUUUGUGGGUUCAAGGUUUCUACACCAUAUUUUUUCAUGCUUUAGUGUAUCAGAUUUUGUUCGUCGAUCAAACAGUCGAAGAAUUUCUUACCAGUUCUCUUGGAAAUCAUUUAAAAAUUCUUGUAUAGCCAGUCCUCACUAAACAGUGUGCAUGGGAAAUUCACAUGUAGCACAAGGAAGUGUUCUUAUUAAACAUGUUAUUCUGCACAAACUA